ACUGAUUUCAUUUCUUCUUUUCCAGAAAAAGAGGAAGUUGUUUUAAGUGGAGAAGAUGAGAAAGAACGGAAAGACCCCUAUUUUGUGGAAACUCCUUACGGCUACCAGCUAGACUUGGAUUUUCUGAAGUACGUGGAUGAUAUACAAAAGGGGAAUACCAUUAAGAAACUAAACAUCCGAAAGAAGAGGAAAGCCGUACCAGCCUCGGCGGGUACCAAGAACUCUGGUGGGCAGUGCAGCGGCUGGACCUCCACGGAGUCUCUCUCUUCGUCAAACAGCGAUGAGAACAAGCAGUCUUGUCUGGCAGCGAGGAGUCAAGUAACUUCGUCCGUCACUGCAAGACCCUCUGUUUCCUUUGAGGCAUCUCCUUCCUACUUAACUGUCCCGGAGAGUAAGCAGCUUCCGCCUCCCUCCCCCCAGCCUCCUCGGCACAAUCUCCAUGUAACAAAGACCCUCAUGGAAACACGGAGGCGGCUUGAGCAGGAGAGGAUGAUGCAGGUCACGCCUGGCGAUGUCCGCAGACCCCGGCUUUCCAGCUUUGGAGGCAUGGGCUCCACGAGCUCCCUCCCUUCUUUUGUGGGAUCCAGUGGAUACGGUCACAUGUCUCAGCAGCUGCAGAACGGGUAUCAGGGGAACGGCGACUAUGGCACCUGCUUCGGCUCCUCCUUGGGCAGUUCCAUUCGUCACAGCCCCAUGAGCUCGGGAAUAUCCACACCAGUCACCAACGUGAGUCCAGUGCAUCUGCAGCACAUCAGGGAGCAAAUGGCGGUUGCCCUCAAGCGUCUCAAGGAGCUUGAGGAGCAAGUCAAGACCAUUCCUGUGCUGCAGGUCAAAAUUUCAGUGUUACAGGAAGAAAAGAGGCACAUGAUGGCUGAACUCAAAAACCAGAGGAAAGCCACUCAAAACGACAUGUAUGGUUUCAGAAAACGAUCCUACAGUGCAGGAAAUGCGGAGCAGUGGGAACACCUGUCUCAAGUGAGAAGAGGUGGAGAACUGUAUAUAGAUUGUGAAGAAGACAUGGAGAGCGUGGAGCAGAGCUCUCAGAGGAUAGAGGAGUUCAGGCAGCUGACUGCUGAGAUGCAAGCCCUGGAGAAAAAAAUUCAGGACAGCAACUAUGAAAGUCCUGCAAACCUUCGGGUGAACAGAGAAAGCCUGACAAAAGAAACCCGAUCUGUUGCUGUAGGCGCUGAUGAGAACAUGAACGAUGUGAUUAUAUACAACAGAUCUGCGAGGCAACACAGAGAAGUAGCUGUGGGGACAGAGAAAGAAACGAGAGAGUCUGGGGUUGUGGUGACGGAAGCCAUGCUUGGCUUGUCUACGGAAGUUGAGAAAGAGAUAGAGCUUCAGCAGCAGACCAUUGAAGCCCUUAAGGAGAAGAUUUACAGACUAGAGGUUCAGUUAAAGGAAACAACCCAUGACAGGGAAAUGACCAAAUUAAAACAGGAGCUGCAGGCAGCUGGGUCUAGGAAAAAAGUGGACAAAGCCAUGACAGCUCAGCCCCGUGUCGUCAGCAGGAUGGUGGAGGCCAUCGUACAAACGAGAGACCAAAUGGUGGGAGACCACGUGGACGUCACCGAUUCAUCGGUGGGAAGCCUGCCGAUGAGCCGGUGGCUGGUGAGGGAGCGGGCAGAGGUGCGAGACCAGGGUGUGGGGAGGUCCGUGGAGCUGUGCGACAAAGCGGUGGGCGCAGAGACGAGCGUCUGCGAGACGGGUGUCAAUGUGCCGAGCCCCCGCCACACGGCGCGGGCGGUCGGAGCGGUGAGGUCCGUGGGCUGCGGGGAUUGUUCGGUGGACGUGCUGGUUUGCUCCCCCAAGGAGCGCGUGUCCCGCGAAACUGCCACAGAGGCUGUGCACAGGGUGGAGGCGACGGUGAUGGCUGUGCCUUCUACGGCUAGCCGGCAAACCAGCACCGCUUUGGAGAUGGUGAGCCAGUGCACUGGCACGGAGGCGGCCUCCCUGGCACACUGCGGGACAAACACCUCUCUGAGCAGCUACGAUAAACAGACCAACACAGAGAGCGUGGAGACGCGGAGCGUGGCAGUAGGGGAUGGCCGGGUGAAGGACAUACAGGUGUCUGCUAAAACGCGUUCGGUGGGAGUGGGCACCUUGCUCUCUAGCCACCCUGGCUUUGAAAAGCCCUCCGCGAUAAAAACCAGAGACUGUGGCGUGGGGCAGAUAAACAUUCAUGAGAACUACCUGGUUGGUCUUAAAAUGAGGAGCAUUGCCUGCGGACCCCCUCCGUUGCCGGUUGUGCCAGCCGGCACCAGGAGCAUCGGUGUCGGAGGAGAGCCUGUGUGCGAGCCGGUGAGCGGUCUGUUGGAAAGCCCUCUGCCUCCGCCGGAGCUGCGGGCGGGCUUGGAUCACUACAUCGAGCGCGUGCAGAAGCUGCUGCAGGAACAGCAGAUGCUGCUGGCUGAAAAUUACACCGAGUUAGCAGAAGCCUUUGGGGAGCCCCACUCCCAGAUUGGAUCUCUCAAUUCGCAGCUCAUCAGCACCCUCACCUCCAUCAACUCCGUCAUGAAAUACGCCAGCACAGAGGAGCUGCGGAGCCUGGACCUUCAGAAGCAGUGCACGGAGAGAAGCACCACGUCAGGUGCUACUUUGGAGUACAUCCCUCACGGCCAACUCGCAAACGCCCACUUGGCUUCAAAUUUGCGAACGCUGAAAUUGGAGCAGGAUGUUGUGCCUGCUCAGGAGGAGAGGAAGACUCCUCUGGUGGAAGCCGUUCGGGGAAGGAAGUCCUUUUCUUCUCAGGACAAAACUCUCUCUCCAAUUAACCUGACAGAUGACCAGCUUGCCUCCGGCCUCUAUGUAUGUGCUAAUAAUGAAAACACGCUCAAAUCUAUCAUGAAGAAAAGGGACGGGAAAAAGGAUUUGAGCAACACCAAGAAGAACCUGCAGUUUGUCGGCAUUAAUGGCGGGUACGAGACGACGUCCAGUGACGACUCCAGCUCUGAGGAGAGCUCCUCCUCGGAUUCGGAGGAGGAGUGUGAGGCUGAGUUCCCACAUGGCCGGCACUCAGAAGAGGGGCAGCCUGUGCCCCACACCCCAGAGGUCUGCACCGUGGGGGCAGGGAAGAACAGCCCUCCCCUGGAGUCGGAAGCCGAGGAGGUGGAAAUCAGAGAGAGAUAUGAACUAAGUGAAAAGAUGCUGUCUGCCUGUCACCUGCUGAGAAACAACAUUGAUGACCCCAAGGCACUGACCAACAAAGAUGUGAGGUUUUGUUUAAAUACCAUCCAGCACGAGUGGUUUCGUAUCUCAAGUCAGAAGUCAGCUGUCCCUGAAAUGGUUGGAGACUACAUAACUGCUUUUGAAGAGAUUUCUCCUGCUGUCCUCAGACAUAUCAUCAAUAUGGCGGAUGGAAAUGGAAACACUGCUCUGCAUUACAGCGUCUCACAUUCUAACUUUGAAAUUGUAAAGCUGCUUCUGGAUGCAAAUGUCUGUAACGUAAAUCAUCAGAACAAGGCCGGCUAUACCCCCAUCAUGCUUGCUGCGCUUGCAGCUGUGGAAGCAGAGAAGGACAUGAGGAUAGUGGAGGAACUGUUCAGCUGUGGGGACGUGAAUGCCAAAGCCAGCCAGGCUGGUCAGACCGCGCUGAUGCUAGCGGUGAGUCAUGGGCGGAUAGACAUGGUCAAAGCUUUACUGGCCUGUGGUGCAGAUGUCAAUAUCCAGGACGAUGAAGGCUCUACAGCUCUGAUGUGUGCUAGUGAACACGGACAUGUAGAGAUUGUCAAACUUCUGCUGGCUCAGCCUGGCUGUAAUGGCACCCUGGAGGACAAUGAUGGCAGCACAGCACUUUCAAUAGCCCUGGAAGCUGGACAUAAGGACAUAGCGGUUCUCCUUUAUGCCCAUGUCAACUUUUCCAAAACCCAGUCACCGGGCACUCCUAGGCUUAGCAGAAAGACAUCUCCUGGUCCCACCCACAGAGCCACAUUUGACUAGUAGUACAUGAAUAUCUGUAAAAAUAUCUAUGCCAUCUUUAAGCUGCUAAAUGUUACUGUUUUACUGAGACAGAUACUGAAUGUAAUUCUCGUGUGCCUGAACUCACCAGCAAAGUGAAAGCAGAGAUCUAGUGCUAAAGAUAGAAAACUGUAAACUUGAAGCAAGCGUAUAGUAAAGUAGUGCUCAGCUGAAAACCUUAGUCAGAACUGUUCUUUUGCUUGCCUACUUAUAUUUCUGUACACUGGCAUAAAUCCUGUUUUUCUUUGCUAUAGAUUAUCCUUUCCUAUGUUAUGUGCAGCCUAAGACUUCUAAAGCUAUCCAUGCAGCAGUGUCCUGGUGGCUUGUUUUUAAUCAUUCUGAAACACAUGUAUAUUUACUGUGCCUAGGCUUUAUCACGGUAACCUUUUCAUAAAUUUCAUUCCAACACGAUUUUGAUGUUUGCAAUUACUUUGAAAUUCAGAAGUUGCAGUUGCUUGUAUAGUCAGCUCCGUGGAUCUUGAGCUGGUGGGUGAGUGGGUAGGUAUUGGGGAUAGAGAUAUCUCUCGUCAGGUCUGAAGUUCACUAAAUAAGUUGUUGCUAAUUGGGGAUAAUGUAUAACUUUUUAUAUGAAAGAUACUAGUAUCUAUAAAAUUAACUCGCACAGUAUUUUCAACAUUUUGUAUUCCUUAAUAAUUAAAAACUACAUGAAGAAUUACAUGUCCUGUUACCAUAUUUUUAUUAACUGUGUCAGUCUAUAAGCUCCAUACAUGUUUAUUGGAGAGUAAAAUUAGAGGUACCA